CUUCCUUCGAACUUUUCCACGACAACCUUCGACAAUCGACCUUGCCGGAUCUUCAAAAUGGCCCCUACCCCUACGUAUGCUAUCCCUUGAAUCCUUUCUGACUGAUGCAAUCCCUCGAGAUUGUGAGGUUUCAGUAUAGUCGUCCUCUCGCUGGAAAUGCUACGGUCAUCUAUCGCCGUCGAUGAUGGCUGUUGAGCACCAGCUCGAUCCUUCCGACGCCCUCUUCCUGUUCGCAUGGCCUUGGAGAUAUGCAUUUGUGUUUCGAAGAGAUCCAGCGGACAGAAGGAGGACCACGGAGUCUUGAGGUUGAAAGCGUUUGCGCGCCUUCUCCUCCAAAAGCAUUGUUGUCAGCUGUCGUCUCCGGUGCUCUUGAUGCGGUAAAAGCAGUCAUUGCCCAUAUGGAACGAAGAGCGUCAACAGAUAUUUUUCCUGAACUUCGGUUUAGGGUAUUGUCGGAUGAGGGCGGACAUGGCAAGAAAAGUUUUUCCUGGGUAGUCGGAAUUUUCGCGAACGUUGUGCUGGAACAUGCCAACUAGUACCGAGAAGACCAUGAAGCCCUGUUCUUGCCAUGGCCCUCACUGAUUAAAGUCAUUCGUCGAGUUUUUGUUUUCUAUUUGCCUUCCAGUUGAGAAUGUGGCGCUCUAUGCUGCAGUUCUUUACACUCGACGGAUUGUUUCAUGUCAUGCAUGAUCCCAUGGACGCACUAUACUAACCCCAACACCAGCUCCGUCCCCACCCAGGACCAGGUCCUCGUCCCCGAGACCCUCCUGAAGAAGCGCAAGAGCCAGGAGGCUGCCCGCGCCGAGCGCCGUGCUGAGAUCGACGCCAAGAAGAAGGCCAACAAGGAGAAGCGUGGCGUUAUCUUCAAGCGCGCUGAGUCCUACGUCAAGGAGUACCGCGAUGCUGAGCGUGAGAAGAUCCGCCUGGCCCGCGCUGCCCGCCAGGAGGGUAGCUUCUACGUCGAUGAUGAGCCCAAGUUGGUCUUCGUUGUCCGUAUCAAGGGUAUCAACAAGAUUGCCCCCAAGCCCCGCAAGAUCCUGCAGCUCCUCCGUCUGCUCCAGAUCAACAGCGGUACCUUCAUCCGCCUGACCAAGGCUACCCAGGAGAUGCUGACCAUCGUCAACCCCUACAUCGCCUACGGUUACCCCAACCUGAAGUCCGUCCGUGAGCUCCUGUACAAGCGCGGUUACGGCAAGAUCGACAAGCAGCGUGUUGCCCUCACCGACAACCAGAUCAUCGAGGAGAACCUCGGCAAGUUCGGCAUUGUCUGCAUGGAGGAUCUCAUCCACGAGAUCUACACCGUCGGCCCCAACUUCAAGCAGGCCAACAACUUCCUGUGGCCCUUCAAGCUGUCCAACCCCAACGGCGGCUUCCGCACCCGCAAGUUCAAGCACUACAUCGAGGGUGGUGACACCGGUAACCGUGAGGAGAACAUCAACGCUCUCAUCCGCCAGAUGAACUAGAGUGUUUCUCUCUCAAACGGGGGUUCCUAGUUGAGGUGCAUCAUGUAACAAUGGAGUAACUCGACUAUCAAAAAAUUAUUUUAACGUUUUCUUUACGGGUUGUUUGUUUUGCACACGGGCUGUGUUUAUCAUCUGUCAAUUAGCGAUAUUUAUGGUCUGGGAUUUCCGGUAAUUCAAUGCUUCAGACAACCCGCAA